AUGUUUAAUUAUGGGUUUGGCCAAGCGCUUAACUGUCUGCAGGGAUUAAUUCACCAAGUUUUGUUAAUAUGUUUAAACAAUUUUUUUCCCGCUGAAUCCGAUAUCUAUGUGUAUAAUCAAACGGGAAAAAGUUUGGAUGAUUUUGAUGAUCAACAAGCAAGUUUUGGACCAUCAUUGCCAUCUGGUGGAAUAAAAGGUUAUUUAGCUAUGGCAAAUCCAUUACACGCAUGUAGACUAAUUAAACCACCGCCAAGUAUUAAUUCAACGAUAAAAUAUCCAUUUUGGAUUGCACUUAUCCAGCGUGUAAAACAAUCAAGUGGAAAUGAUUCUUGUACUUUUGAUAGAAAGAUUUUAAAUGCACAAAGAUUUUUUAAUGCCGUUAUUAUCUUUAAUUAUGAAGAGAGUUUGACACCGAUGAAUUCAGAUGACAGUAAAGGUGUGCUGAUUCCAGCUGUCUCUAUAACGAAAAGUGCCGGUUUGGUAUUGAUUCGCCACUAUGUGUAUAACAUAUCUUCAAACGACACUCCACCGUAUUAUAUAAGAAUCACACCUGAUCCACCAUCCAGAUUAACAUUUUAUUUGUUGCCGUUCAUUGCGAUUAUCGGUAUCUGUCUCCUUGGUUUAUUCGGUUUUGUUUUAGUCAGAUGUUAUUUACAUCGUCGAAGAGAACGUAGACAUCGUCUACCUCGAUCAGCUUUGAAACAAUUAAGAGUAAAAAAAUUUCGAAAAGGUGAUCCAUACGAAGUAUGUGCAAUUUGCUUGGAUGACUUUGAAGAGGGUGCUAAAAUAAGGAUACUUCCAUGCGAUCAUGCAUAUCAUACGAAAUGUAUUGAUCCGUGGCUAUUAAAUAAUAGACGUCAAUGUCCUGUUUGCAAACGUUAUGUAUUUCCAAAUCGAGAUCAAGACUCAGACGACGACUCUGAUCAUCAUCCAACAGAACAAACGCAUCUUCUAAGAGCAACUCGUGAACCAAAUAACGACUCAGAUCGAAGAGAUCGUCGAAUUUUACAUCAUCCAGUAAAUGCAACUACGUAUAGUUCAUUUGAAAAUGAUGAUGCUUACAAUAAUACUCCAAAUGUGAAUAUUACACAUUCGUGGCAUCAGCAUUCAGACACAACAGAUAAUUCAACGUUAUUUCAAUCAGCCAACCAUAAUACAACGUUAGAAGAACACGAUGGCGAUUAUCGUCAACAACAGAAUCGAAUUCAACGAACAAAUAAUGACCAACAUGGAAUAUACGACAGCGUUCGUUCAUCAUCUUUUACAGAUACUCGUGCUGCGAACUUCUUUGUUGGUAGUGUUGGUGAUCAAAAUAAUAGUAAUUUUUCAUAUUCACAUUCUUAUCCAGACACAACACCCAUUACUUAUGAUACAAGAACAACAUCUAAUACAAAUAUUUCAGUUAAAAGUGUCAAUGAGAUGUCGUCAUCUACAUUGUCAUCUGAAGAGCAGGAUGAUAACAAUGAUAAUAUGCAUUCGGUCAUAUCAGACACAUCACAAAUGCAUCACCGCUUUUCUGACGAUUAUAAUGUUGAUAAUAAUGGGAGUCAGACAAUUGUUUAA